AUGAGUGAACCCCCCUAUCGUCUGUUGUGUUCCGAUGUCCUGGAGGAGAGUCCAACCAAGAACGACUGGCCGAUCCCUGGGCACACGCAGCCUUCGUUUGGCUUCUCAGCUAAUGCUGACCCAAUACCGGGGACCUGUGAAGACUCUUCAGUGCCUCUGCCUCACCCAGGCGGGUCUAUGAAUAAAGUUGCUAUCCCCCGAACCUCUCGCCGCGAGAACUGGGCCAUAAGAAGCCGCGUUAAUCGGGCAUGUCAAAAAUGCCAAGAUCAAAAGGCCAAAUGCAGUGGUCACCACCCCUCAUGCCACCGCUGCCAGGCUGCCGGGGUUCCGUGUUCCUAUAACGACCGGAAGCGUGAAAGGAUACACAAGCAGCUUGAAAAUCUGACCAUGCAGGUUCAAACCUACGAAGCUUUGUUACAAGAUCUGUAUCCCACACUCGACCCAUCGUCAGCCCAGCUUGUCGACCAGACCAUUAGUGGCCAAUCUGGCGAAUAUCUAUCUCGUCCCAACCAGAGAUCCACGGCCCAUCCGUUUCUGAUAAUAGAGCACACGGCAGAGGAUUUCAACCGUAAUGAAAGCGUCCAGGCGAUGGGCUUUGUCGGCCAGCAUUCGGAGAUGGCAUGGUUAUACACACUUAAGUGCAAGCUCGAUAAUGACAACUCCACAUCCCUCAGCGAGCACCUCAAUCGACCACCAAUCUCACGUCUGAAUUACUUUCAAGACGACAUGGAGAUAUCGGGCCUCGACAACGUCGAUAUGUUUGCUCGACCUCCGCAAAACAUUGCUAACAAGCUCGUGGACGAGUACUUCGAAUCAAUGCAUCCCGAGUUCCCUAUCUUAGGUAAGGGGACCUUUCUGGAUCAAAUUCGUUUGUUCUACGCAAACUCAAGCAUGCGACCGGGAAAGCGAUGGAUGGCCGUGCUGAAUUUGCAAGUACAGGUGGAAGGCCUAACUUCGUUCUAUCUGCUUUCCACUGGUCAAGUCAACAGGUCAUGGCGGAUAAUCGGGGUUGCGAUUCGGUCAGCGAUGGCACUGGGCCUUAAUCUUCGUAUCCAGACAGAUAAUGUUACUCAUGUCUCGAAGGAGACACGAUAUCGUGUGUGGUGGGCGCUGUUUAUGUUAGACAUGCUGCUAUGUGUAAUAACCGGCCGUGCCCCUAGCACAGCCGAGAUCUUCUGUUCGACGCCUCUUCCUAUUCCAUACACAGAGGAAGAUUGGGGGUUGGGAAGUGUCACGCAACUAUUGGCCGACAAAAACAUGCGCGAUACCGUCAUAUCGUCCGUACUGUGCUCUUCUGACACUACGCAUAGCUCCAACGAAGCGUCUAUUGAUCGCAGCCAUUCAACAACCUCUGGCUUGACGAAAGGACACCUGAACGAACAAGCAGCUCAACUGGUUAUGAAGCAUCUAUCGCCCAACAUCUCCUUACAUUUUCUGUACGCGGUUGAUUUGGCUUUUCUUAUGCGGGAGGCUAUCGGGGCACUUUAUUCUCCCGCGGCAACCAGACUGUCGUGUUUAGAGCUAGAGACUGCGAUCUCUUCAUUCAACAACCAUGCUGAAAAUUGGCUCUCUCGUCUUCCAGCAGAGUUUCACUUCACGGAAAUAGACACGGCCUGCCCUUUCGCCCGCCAGAGCACUAGCCUCGGAUUCUACUUCUACACUACUAAGCUGAUAAUCUUACAACCCUGCCUACGCCGACUAGCCUAUCAGGAAUCCGACACUGGAUCUCCAGGGAUUGUCUGUGAUAACAUAGCAUCUACGUGUGUGCAAGUAGCCGAGCAAAUGCUCGACCUCCUACCCGAUGACACAGAUGUCACCUGGCUCUGCGGUAUCACGCCGUGGUGGUGCGUCCUACAUUACAUAAUGCAGCCUACUAUCGUUCUACUUGUUGAACUUUUCACACGGACUCCCGUGGGGGACCCUAAGGCCGUCGGUCUCACCGAGAAAAUCCAUAAAGCCUUUCGCUGGCUGUACGCAAUGUCCACCAAGGACUCUUCGUCACGACGAGCUUGGCUUGUCUGUAGAGAUAUCCUCUCGCGACACGGCUCCAAGUUUGGUUUUGAGGUUAACGACGAUGGGCUCUAG